UAGGCCCGCCCACGUCCCCAACAGGUAAUCCCCGCCUCUUAAUGCUGGGAAGCGGAAGUGGCAGAGAGCAGAUGGCUGUGGGCUAUGUGGAUUGUCAUUGUCACAUGACAGCUGAGGAGUUCUCCCAGAAUGGAAUCCAAGCGCUCAUCUCAGUUACGGAGCAUGGAGGAGAAUUUGAGAAGCUUAUUUAUCUGUCAGACAGGUACCCUGAUUACAUUAUGCCAUGUUUUGGGAUCCAUCCAAUUCAGAGCAAUGGUGAUGGGCAGCGCAGUGUGACAAUAAAGGAUCUGGAACCUGUCCUUGCGCAGUUUGACAAAUACAAAGAUAGCCUGGUGGCUAUAGGAGAGAUUGGUUUGGACUUCACUCCUUGGCUCGCACCCACCUCUGAACAACGAGAGGAGCAGAUGAAGGUUUUUCAGAUGCAGCUGGAAAUGGCAAAAAGAAUGGACCUGCCUGUAAAUGUCCAUUCCCGCUCAGCUGGAAGGCAAACAGUCUCUUUCCUUAAGGAACAAGGUGCUGAGAAGGUUCUGCUCCAUAAUUUUGCUGGUCGGCCGUCUGCUGCCCAGGAAGGAGUGCAAGCUGGAUACUUUUUCUCAUUUCCCCCUGCUGUCAUAAGAAAUGAACAAAGAAAAAAGUUAAUUAAGAUGAUCCCCUUGGAAAAUAUUUGCUUGGAAACAGAUUCUCCAUCUCUUGGACCCAAGAAAGAGGACCGCAAUGUGCCAUCCAACAUACGCCUUUCCUGUGAGUACAUUGCUUCUGUUAAAGGACUUAUGCCAGAGAGAGUUCGGGAAGUGACGACGCUCAAUGCCCUUCGACUUUUCCCAAAAGUUUCCUGUAAACUACAAAAAUAAUUGUUGAUCACAAGUGGAACGAAUUCGCACUGCCAAUGGUGAAUACAGUGGAGUGAACAGCAUUCUGACACACAUCUCCCCAAUGCUGGGUGCGCUAAUAUAUUGUGAUGAAAAGAACAGCGGAGAUUUGAACUUUAAACUUUAGCGACAUUGAUCUGCAGUGAUGACAAAGGCAACAACGCUAGGAGAGGUACAAUAUGGAACCUGUGUUAUUUUAAUACUUGAUAUUGAAAGUGAGACUGAUACGGCAGGGGGAUAGUGAAUUUCAAAUCAAAUAUACAUUGUGUUGAAAUUGUUAUUUUUUAAUAUAUUGCAAUUUAAGAACA